GCUACCGUUGCUAGGAAAUGGCUUCGCGUCUUCCCCGGCCUCGCAGGCUCCGAGAAUGGGCGAUUCGGAGGGCGAGAGUCUGCGGGGAUCGUUCCCCAGUCUCAUGGCCGAAGGACUGAUGCUGAGCCGGCGCGGGGAGCUGGCCAAAGCUGUGUCCUGCUAUAGUUAUGCCUUGCAGCUCCAGGCAGCGGACAGGAACUGUCUUGUUGCCCGUUCAAAAUGCUACCUGAGACUCGGAGAUACAGAAAAUGCUCUGAAGGAUGCAGAGGCAUCCCUGGAAAAUGACAAAGAGUUUACUAAGGGCCUUUACCAGAAAGCAGAAGCAUUGUACACCAUGGGAGACUUUGAAUUUGCCUUGGUCUUUUACCAUCGAGGGUACAAGCUUCAGAGGUUGCAGAAAUUCAAGCUGGGCAUUCAGAAAUGUCAAGAGGCCAUUGAAAAUUCAGUUGGUAGCCCUGCUUCUGUGAAACUGAAGGAUAGAGGAGGCUUUUUGAGCCGCCAGGCAGAGCAGAGCAAAAAAGCCAAACAGAAGCUUCAGGUCAAGUUCCCCCCAAAGGACGUAAGAUACGGAAGUCGGCAGCAGGAGACCGUGCGGAAUGAGAAGACAGAACGGCAGCUCCUCGGGGAGCUCUACGUUGACAAAGCUUUCCUGGAGAAACUGCUCAAGGAUGAAGACUUGAUCAAAAGUACAACCAAGCACGGGAUCACCGUUGGAGACUUGAUUCAGGAAGGCCUUUCCUACCUGGACACCCGCACAGACUUUUGGCAGCAGCAGAAACCCAUCUAUGCCCGGAUCAGAGAUCGCAAGCUUGUGCUGAAAAGAUGGACUCGAGAUCAAAAGCGGAAACCCUCGGAGGUGGCCAGAUACAUCCUCAAGAGCAUGGAGGAUAUUGAUAUGUUGCUGACAAGUGGCUGUCCUGAACGAAGCUGCCAGAAGGCUGAACAAAUGCUGAAAAAGAUCCAUGGCUGGUCUGACGACGAGAUCCCAAAUAGAAGUGAGCUGCUGGGAAAUCUCUACAGCUGCAUCGGAAAUGCUCACAUUGAGAUGGGGAACAUGGGGGCAGCUCUGCAGAGCCACCAGCUGGAUCUGGACGUUGCCAGGGAAAACGACCUGACUGACGCCAUCUCCAGGGCCCUGGACAAUAUCGGCAGAGUGUACGCCCGCACAGGCCAUUUCCAGGAAGCUAUUGACACGUGGGAACAGAAGAUUCCGCUUGUGAAGAGCAACCUGGAGAAGAUUUGGCUGUUCCAUGAAAUCGGCAGGUGCUACCUAGAGAUCAACAAAGCCGCUGAGGCUCGGGACUAUGGGGAGAAAUCCUUGGCCUGUGCAGAGGAGGAAGGGGAUGUCGAGUGGCAACUGAAUGCCGGCGUUUUAGUGGCACAAACACAAGUGAAAUUGGAGGAUUUCCAGUCGGCGGUCAUGCACUUUGAGAAGGCUUUGGAGAAGGCAAAGCGCAUCCACAACGAUGCGGCUCAGCAAGCAAUCAUCAUUGCCCUGGAUGAAGCCAACAAAGGAUUCAUCAAGGAGCUGAAGGAAGAACGGCGUCUCGAGAGGCUGCGUGAAAUGAGAGAGUUCGAGGAUGAAGAGGAGGAGGAGGAAAACCUUGACCGAGAUGCUGAAAGAAAAGUAGCUGUCCAAGAGCAGGAGGCCACAGUAGAAAAACAGGAAGAGGAGGCGGCUGAGAAGACUGCAAUAGCUGAGGGAGAAAAUGAGGUAGCAGGCACCGAAAAUGAGGUAGCAGGCACCGAGGGAGCAGAGCAGGGUGGCUCUGAGGAGGGGCCAAGAGAAGCUGGGCAGGAGGUAGGAGAAACUGGGGGACAGCCUGAAAGGACAGAAGACUCAGAGAAGGAGGAAGACCCAGAAAACUUAAGCAAGGACAUCCCAGAAAACUUAAGCAAGGACAUUCCAGGAUAAGGUGCUUUGGACGCGCUGGGCUUGUAUGAGUCUUCAUUCCGGAGUCAGCCAGGUUGCUCCAAUAACAGGAGCCAUUCCAACAAGCAACCAUUUUGCUUUUUUGAUAUAUUCUUAGAUUCCAAGAAUGUAGGAAAUUCUGUCAUUUAGGUAAGAUGUUUUGGCAAUCGGAUAAAAGGAAUAAUUAAAGAUUCUUCUCGAUAUA